AUGAAGCACAAGGCUGACGAAGAGGAGGCGUUCCAGCGAGGAGCUGCACAAGAGCCAGAGACAGGAACAGAGCGCAGGAAGCCUGCUCGGCCGAAAGGAAAGAGAAGCAAAGUGGAAGGCGAAGAGGUCGCUCCAGAGCCCGCAGAGCCCUGGCAGGUUCAGCGUCGCGUGAGCCGCUUGCGCACCGCUGACCUGGUGGAAGGCUCUUUGAUCAUUGGAGCGGUGCGAGACAUCACCGAAGAGGACUUGACAUUAUGCCUCGCAUACAACUUGCUCGCGUACGUGCAGCGGGCGGAGGCGAGUGAUGGCUCGCCAGAGGUCUCCCGCAAGAGUCUGGCGGAGCUGUAUCGGCCAGGGAUGCUCGUGGUUGCCGUGGUUCUGACGGUAGGCGAGAUGAGAGGGCAGAAGCUGAGGAUCGAAGCAUCUCUGCGCCCCGCGUUGGUCAAUGCAGGUUUGACUGCAGAGCACCUCCGCAGGAACAUGUGGCUUCCGGCAGCUGUCGCCGGAGACGAGGAGCAUGUGCUCAAGUUAGACUUUGGCGUAGGCGACUUGACCGGCCUUCUCAAGAAGAAGGAACUCGCCGGCGAGAAGAUGCCGCAUUUGGGUUCUAUCCUCCUAGUGGGCGUUGUGGCCGUGACUUCGUCUGGCACAGUCCGGUGCAUGCUUGCAUGCAAAGAGCCCUUAAGCGACGAUCCCAUAGAUGCGGCCUUGCUGAAAGCCGGCUCUCUCGUCACUGCCAGGGUCCGACAAAUCCAGAUCGGAGAAUCAGGAGGGGACGGUGGACUUACAGUUACAUUCUGUGGCAUGCUGUCGGCCACUAUACACCGCCACCAUGCCAGCCAUGCCUCAAUGCAAGAUGGUUGGAAGAAGAACCAGCGCGUUGUUGCGAGAAUUCUUUCCGUGAUUCCCGGCGAGACGCCAACCAUUCAUUUGACUCUACUUCCACAUCUGCUUGACUGGGAACACGAGACACUGACCCAACAAGCUGCUAUUGGCGAGUUUUUGACGUGUGAAGUGCAGGACUUCCAGCCCAAGUAUGGCCUUCGGGUGUCCUGUGAAGGAAAGACAGGCGAGCUUUUUGGAUUUUGCUCUGCAGCCCGGCUUGGAGAUGCGACGGAGGAUGUGAAAGCGAGUUCUGUGGCCGUAGGGCACAAGAGCACUUACCGAGUACUUUCCUACAACUUCUUGGAUGGAGUGGUCACCUUGACGCGGAGACCUUCAGAUCUUGGUAAAGAUGUAAUCGUAUCCGUGUCAGAGCUUGCACCCGGUCAGCUUCUAUCCGGAAUCGUGACCCGAGUGGCAGAUCACGGUAUACACGUCAAAAUCAGUGACUACGUGUCGGGGCACGUUCACCUGAGACAACUCACCGACGUGCCUUUGGCCGCCGUUCCGAAGCGCUUGCAAGUUGGAUCCAAAGUGAAGUGUCGGGUCCUCCACGUGCAUGCGACCCGUCGACAGCUUACAUUGACUGCCAAGAAAUCGUUGGUGAAAAGCGAUUUUCAGCUCACGCAGAACUGUAUGGCAAGACCUCAGAUGCUUUUGACUGGAUACAUCAGUUCCAUCCGCGACUAUGGUGCCAUCGUCAGUUUCUACGGCGGUGCCUUUGGCUUGAUCCCUACCAAAGACAUGGAGUCUGAAGAAGCUCCUGCGUUGGGGAUGGCCGUUCAAUGUCGUGUGGCCUUUGUGGAUGUGAAGCGUGACAGGGUGGGCCUUUCGCUGAAUCUGGAAGACGGUGUAGCAGCAUCGGAGCUUCUCCAGGAUGGGCUGACGUUUGGCGAAGUCUUGAAACGCCAAGCUGCCGAGAAACGAAGCAAGCGAGCCGCUGUCAGCGAUGGGACGGCAUUGAAGGAUGGAAAGCCACGUAAAGAGCGAAAAGAAGCCAAGCUGCCGCAGAUCAAGGAUCCUGAAAAGGAGCUCCAAGCUGGGUCUCCGCUCAAGAUGAGGAUCCGCGCGACUCACGGGCUGCAGGUGUUCUGCACGGCCCCGGUAGGUUUACGUGGCCACGUGCAUGCCACUCAACUGGUAGAUCUGGAUGAUGUGGGGAGCGGAGGAACCCUUCCGCUGCAGGAUAUACCUGAGAAGGGCAUUUUGAGGACAAGACUGUUGAAGAUACACAAGCGCUCAAGGUCAUCAAAAGAAAAGGGCAAGUCCCGGAAAGGGCUCUAUCAUCUGGUAUUGACAUGCCGGCCAUCGUUGAUGGCACCCAAAGAUGCGACAGAUUACGAAGCCGCGAUUGUAAGGCGUCAGUCGCUCAUUCCUGGUUCACUUGUCGCAGCUGCCAUCUUGACCGUUCAGAAGAAUGCCUUGAUGGUGGAGGUCGCGGACGGCUUGAAAGGGCGUAUCGGCUUGCUCGACGCUUCAGCAGAUCCGUCAGUUUUGCGAUAUCCGGCACAGCAUUUCACCCCAGGCCAAGUGUUCCAAAGCCGGGUGCUUCAGACAAACAGCUCCCAGAAGACACUCGAUUUGUCCUUGCUGCCGCUGAAGCAGUCUCCUGUUCUCGGCCGGCUCCAGAAGGUCCAUGACCCGAUUGGUCAGAAGGGUGUUGCAGCAGAUUUAGAGCUCCCAAACAGAUGCUGGGGCACGGUGCACAUCACAGAAGUCUUCGAUGUUUGGACUCAGCAUCCGGCCAAAAGGCUCAGCCUCGGCUCCUUUUACGAGGUUGCAAUUCUCAGCAGCGACUUUGCGCCGGGUCAACGACUGGACGUGAGCUUGCGCCCGUCUCUCGUCCAGGGCCACAAAGAGGCAGCAGAGGAAAAACGGCCGACUUCAGUUUCCGAGCUCGCUGUGGGCCAGAAGGUUUCGGGAUACGUGGUGAGCUCUGGGCCACGUGGUGUUUUUGUGGCUUUGAGCCGACUCCUGACUGGUCGAAUCAAGCUGAGGGCGCUCAGCGAUGUGCCUGUCAUGAAGGAGGCCAUCUCCAAGAUGUAUCCUGCGGGGAUGCUCCUCCGCGACAUGGCGGUAGCAGAGAUCGACCAAAACAGCGAGAAGGUGGAGCUGUCUUUGCUUUCUACAGAAAAUGGGCUCACUGUGGGACAGCUUACGACGGGAGACAUUGUCUCCGGCCGGGUCAAGGCUGUCGAGGCGUAUGGUCUCUUCAUCCGUCUCGACAACUCGAGCAUAGAUGCUUUCGUGCACAAGUCUGAGAUAUCAGACUCUGCAUCCAUCGGCGUGGAGUCUUACCCUGUCGGGACCAAGAUCUCCCAAGCAAAAAUUCUAAAGAUAGAUGGACGAAGAGUCGGCUUGACCUUGAAAGCCUCCAGCUUUACAGCUCAAGAGCUGGAGGGGGACGACUCAGUUGACGAGUUCGAGGAACUUCUCGCCAGUGCCUCGGCCGCGUCUCCAAAGCAGCCUCCCAAGAGCAAGAGGAAAGACUUCCUCGACGAGGAGGAGGCCCAGGAGGAGGCACCGAAGCCGAGGCAAAAGAAGCAGAGAGUUGCCAAGGAGGAGGCGGAGGAGCCCGACCUGGAGCCUUGGAAAGCGAAGGGCAGCUCGGCGUCCAAUCCCGCCGCCUUCGACUUCGCUGAGUUCAAGGUCGACUCUGGCACUUCGUCUGAUGCUGCUGCCGACGAUCCGGAGGAGAACGAAACCGGCAAGCUAUCCAAGAGGCAAAAGAAAGCCAAGAAGAAGCAGGAGGAAAAAGAGCUGCGGCAGCAGGAGGAUGAGAAUGCCGUUGGCCGAGAUCCAGAAAGCGUGGAGGACUUCGAGCGCUUGCUUCUAACCAAAGGAGAUACUUCGAUCCUGUGGAUUCGUUACAUGGCCUUCCACUUGAAGACCAGCGACCUGGAGAAAGCCCGGCAAGUGGCAGAGCGAGCCGUAAAGCACGUGGGCUUUGCAGAUGGCAAGGAACGGUUGAACGUAUGGGUGGCUUUCUUGAACCUGGAGUGCACCUUCGGAACCGACGCCUCCGCAGACCAAGUCUUCCGCCGGGCCGCAAGCCACAACGAAGCCAAGCAGGUCUACCUACAGCUGGCAAGGAUCCACGAGCGCAACAAAAAGCCACAGCUGGCGCUGAAAGCAUACGAAGCAUGCUCACGCAAGUUCGCUCAUUCCAAGAAGGUUUGGAUUGCUUUCCUUACUUUUCUCUAUCAGCAGGGGGACGCGGAGGGAGCCCGCAAGGUGCUUCCGAAGAGUUUGGCUGCUUUGGAGAAGCGGAAGCACCCUCUCGUAGUCUCCAAGACUGCUUUGCUUGAAUACCAGACCGGUUCACCGGACCGCGGCCGCAGCAUCUUUGAAGGUCUUAUGGACACCUAUCCGAAGCGCACAGACCUGUGGUCCGUGUACCUGGAUGCCCACAUCAAAGCUUUUACUCCACCCAAAGUUCCCGAAGCCGAUCAAGAUGAGAUCCGUGCAUUGUUUCGCCGCUGUUGUUCCAUGUCGCUCAAAGCUACGAAGAUGCGAUUCUUCUUCAAGCGAUGGUUGGACUUCGAAACUCGAUGGGGCGUUGGUGUGAGUCUCUUGCUCCUCCGGUUCGCAGAGGACCAAGGCGAGCCAAUGGUCGUCUUGGAAGUCCUCAUAGAUGAAGUGAGACAGGUAUCGCCGGACAACCUGAAAACACUUUCAGAUUUGCAGCAGGAACUCUGCGCAAGCAAGGACAGAAUGGAAGUGUGGCAGAUGCUCAUAGCUGGUUUGUACACUUUGACUUCUCCAGAUGCCUUGUUUGAGUUGUUCCGCAACCUGGAGUCCAUGAUAUGCCGAGAGCUCGUAUCUGCUUCCGUGAUGCACUCCAGCGGAGCUUUCGGCCAGCUGGCGAGGCGCUUCGUUUUAGCUUUCAAGCAGUCAAGCUUCGAAGAGAUCAUCAAGUUGUACGAUGCAGUAGAAAGCUUUCGCAGUGAAGGGAUGUCGGCUAGCAAGCUGUCGUUCAAGGCCGACAGUCGUGAGACAGGCUCAGCCGCCUCCGCCGCAACUGCAACCACCGCCACGUCACAGCAGACCGUUUCAGAGUACAUGAGCAGCGUGCGAAGCAAGUUUGCAGACUCGGCUGCCUUCUUACUGCGAUGCUUCCACGACCAGCGAUCGUCAGAGAGAGAGAGGGCGAGCGGUCAGAUUCAGCAUGCCGUUUUGGGAUUGGCCAACCUGAGCCUCGAGAUGCGAAACGUGGACGACGCUCUGCAAGCUUUGGAGGACAGCAUCCGUGCUGCCCAGGAGAGCUCCGACGCGAACUGUCUCUGUGCUGGGAUGUAUUUGCUGAGCAACCUGCUCCUGUCCAACAAGCCCAGCAUGGCGGCAGCACUCCUUCGCCGAUGCCUGCACCGAUCAGAGGCUUUGGGACUUCCUUUGCUUGAAAGCCUGAGUUCAUUGGCCUUGGCACGGAUCCUGGCACUGCAGCCGAGCCUCUCCAGACCGAGACCGACGGAGGUCCCCGUGAGCCCGGGCGAAAGCCUGAGCCCUGCUCUGCUCAACGGGGCCGGGGCCCAAGCCCCUCCCUUGGGUUCUUUGUCCCGGGCUUGGGCCUUUGUAGGAAAAUCUGGUGCGCGGGGUAGUGGCUUUGGGGUGUUGGCUGCUCUUUCCACGCCCGGGCGCGAAGUGCUGGCGCAUGUCAGCCUGGCAUCCGUCCUCUCUACUCAAGCAGGGACUUUGGAGCUGUUGCGUCCAAAAGUCCUCCUGUGCCAGGCAGGUGUUUCAGAAAGGUUCGGCCUGAGCUCCUCGGCAUCAUCUUGCCAAAUGGUGCUUGACAUCUACAAAGACCGGCUUGGUGCUGAUGAUCACGCAUUGGCUUUUUGUCAGGCAGACACAGACAAAGGGACGGAUGCGAUGCAAGCCCUGUCCCGACAGGACCUGUCGGGCUCGCGGCUCUGGGUACAUGCGAUUGGCAGAAAGAUGGGUGAGCGGUUUCUGCAGAAAGGACUCACGGAAGCCCUUCCGGCGCUGCUCUUUCAAACCGCAAGCGCCCAUGCCAAUACCUCGGAGGCCAACUCGGACAAGCUCCGCUCGCUCCGCUUUCAGAAGUUGAGCAAUCAGUGCCGGCUACACUCAGGCAAUCUUCUGGCAACGAAUCAGUCUGCACGGGAGGCUUGGGAGGGGGAUGGAAAAGCCUCUUCCUUGGAGCUCUGUGAGAGCCUCCUGACUCUAACCCAAGUUAGCGAAGAGACCAAUCCUGUGCAAGCCGUGGCAUCCUGUGUCCGCUGCAUGUCGCUGGCAGAAGCUGCACGGCUCCGCCUCUUCCACGGCGAAGCAUUGCUCCGGCUGGCAAAGCUGAAGCUCGAGCUUGGGGACGUCCUGGGGGCCCUGCAGCUCACGGAGGAAAGCACCAGCCACAUUGUCGAGGAUGCGAAACCCAGGGUCGCCGAGUUGGAGGCCGAGUGUUUGCUGGAACUCAGCUCAAGGCUUGGAGACUCACGGUCACAACGGUCCUCGGUCUUUGAAGCGGUUCUGGAGCGUCUCUCCUUAGCCUGUGCACGCAGCGAACAUGCCUUCGUGAACAGUUUGCUGGAAGCCCUUUGCGAGAAUGCGAAAGUCCAGAUCGAUGGAGUGCCUCCGGAUGGCAACCAUUCACGUGGACCGAUCUGGGAGAAUCCAUGGGAUGACCGAGACCAGAUGAGACUCAAGCUGCACGAGCUGGGGACCACCUUGAAGCGCUAUGGGUCGUACGGCCUGGCUGCACUCAUCUGCGAGCUGAGCCUGGUUGUUUGGCAGCUUCGAGCUUGGUUCACGAUCGGUGCCGGCCUGCUGGUGGUUGAAGUCUUGAAACGCAUCUCUGAGAUGCAGCAUCGGCUUCCAAGCGCAGAGGGACAAGACCCCGGCCUGGCAGCCUUGAGGGUCAUCGAAGGAUUCAUCUUGUUCUGUGCUGCACGGCACAAGAGGAUCCGCAAGGACGCGACCGCAGCUCUGGAACGAAUCCUGCUCAAGAAAAGGCUGCCACCUUGCACUUCGGUGCGCAUCGAGGCUGCCUUGGUGAGCGUCGGCUGGCAGAAGGGCGCGGUGAGUGGGCUACAAAAGCCACACUUACUUGAGAAUGCGGGAGAGGACUGGCUGAAUGAGCUGGCGAUGGCUCUGAAGCCAAAUGCAGAGGCAGAAGCAAAGAUGACACGAACCAGGGAAAUGCUCCAAGCAGUGGUGCAGAGCCUUUUUCCUGGUGCGCAGUGUGACUACUUCGGAAGCGCAGUGAACGGCUUCGAAACUCGAUUAAGUGAUAUCGAUGCAGUGAUCGUCUUCAGCAAGGAGGACAUGGAGCGGCUAUCGCAGAGAAAUGGGCUCCCGUCUCCUGCCUCGUCGCCAGCACUGAAGGCAUCAGCACCCCCUUUGAAGGGAAUGGCAUUGGCCAGGCGCUUGCAGAAGGAGAGCGCCGCUGUCGCUGUCCGAAUGAUGGGAGAAGCUUUGGUGGCCAACAAGGAGUGGGGCCUGGAGGUGAAGGAGAUGGUGACAGAAGCACGAGUUCCAGUACUGAAGUGCGCGAGCAAGGAAGGGGUGGCCAUCGACAUCACCUUCAACAACCUGCUGCCCCUCUACAACUCGAAGCUGCUUAAGGCCUAUGCGAGCCUUGACGAUCGGGUCGCGCGCUUGGGGCGCUUGGUGAAAUUCUGGGCGAAGAGCCG